GCCGGUAUUGCCGGACCAUGUUGUGCCUGCGGGUGGUGCCACCAGACGAGCAGUGUCGUCCAGCAGCGCUCGGGACGUCGCGCGAGGUACCUACAUCCCACCUUCCGCUUCUUAUCGUGCAGGAACAGUGGAACCGGUCCUCGUUCGCACGCUUCCCAAUCG